CACCAGGCUAGGAAAUACAGGUGGCCGUUUGGCCCAAAUGAUGCAAGAAAUCCAAACUUCAAUCACCGCCGGUAAACCAGGGGAAAUUUUGAUGACCGAAGUAGAGAAGACCAAUAAAAGCUAAUUACCCUGUACGUUUCAACGCCAACUGCACUCACUUUCUCUCUCUAAAUCCUGGUCCAAAUUACAAGGGAAGCAUCCCUGCCCAUUACUAGAUUUCUAUCUAGCUAGCAAGCAAGCAAGCUAUUAGCUCGUCCCUCUUCCUAAAAGGCAGGUAUGAGGUACUACAUUAAUCAAUUUCUCUCAAUCUUUUCAUUCAACAUAUUCAUACUUCCCUUUCUUUCGAAAGAGAGAAGGAAGAAAAGCACAUCCCUCUCUCUCUUUCUCUCUCUCUGUCUCCCCUGAGAGAUGGGGAGCGCUUCUUUUUCCGAAGAGAAUCAGACUAAGAAGAACAAGCAGAUAUUUGGUUGGGAAAUUUCUCGCAGGGAUGCGAGAGUGUUGAGGUUCGGCCUUUGUGUUUUCUGCGCCACGGGUGUUUUUGCCUUGUACUUUCAGAAUUCUCUAUGGCCAAACUUCACGAUGAUCGGCCUGAAGCAGCAGCAAACAACCAGAGGAGGGGAGUGUGAUAUCUUCAAUGGCCAUUGGGUAUGGGAUCCAAAAGGGCCAAUGUACACGAACUGGAGCUGCCCAACCCUACCAUCUUCAAAGAACUGCCAGGGCAGUGGCAGACCAGACCAAUAUUACUUGAACUGGAGGUGGAAACCUAAUGCAUGUGAGCUCCCUAGGUUUGAUGGCAGCACCUUCUUGAGCCUAGUUCAAGGCAAAAAGCUAGCUUUCAUCGGUGACUCGGUUGCCAGAAACCAAAUGGAGUCACUUCUUUGCCUUCUCUCUCAGGUAGAGACUCCCCAAGACAUCUACAAGGAUGCAGAAGACAGGGACAGGUACUGGUUCUUCCCCUCCCACAACUUCACCCUCAUUGUGCUUUGGAGCAAAUUCCUGGUGCAAGUUGAAGAGAUAACCAGAAAUGGACCUUAUGACAUAGAUCACACCAACAUUUAUAUCAACAAGCCAGACAUGAAUUGGGCUCGGCGAAUCCAUGACUUGGACUACAUUGUACUCUCCAAUGGACACUGGUUCUUCCGCAAAUCGUACUUCUACAAGGGCCAGAAGUGCGUCGGCUGCUUGUACUGUGGCGGCGAUGGCGGCGUCGAGGACAAGAACAUGGUGGACCUGGGGUUGGAGUAUGGGCUGGGAAGGGCCUUUAGGACUGCACUCAAGUUGAUAGAUGAGUGUAAGGAGUGCAAAGAUGGGCUGGUUACAUUCUUGAGGACAUUUAGUCCGUCCCAUUUUGAGAAUGGCGCAUGGAAUGGUGGUGGAGGGUGCAACAAGACCAUGCCCCUGGGUGAGGAGAGUGUGGACCUAGAGGGCAUGGAUUGGAGGGUAAGGAACACCCAGAUUGAAGAGUUAGAGAGAGUGAGGAAAGGGGGCAGGAAGAAAAGAAGAAUAGAGGUUUUGGAUGUGACUGAGAGCAUGUUGGUGAGGGCAGAUGGGCAUCCAGACAAGCAUUGGGGAGGAUAUGAGUAUGUCAACCGCAGUGAUUGUGUGCACUGGUGCUUGCCUGGGCCAAUUGAUGCAUGGAAUGAGAUGCUUCUGGAGGCCAUGAAGAGAUUUCUCUCUCACAUAUGGUCACCAACCGCUGAAUGUGUUGCAGGAUAUCAUGAGCAGACGAAGAAUAGGGAGAGCCUGCAACACUGCGACUUCUCCAUGGGCCAAUGGAUCCACGACCCAACGCCGCCACUCUACGACGAGACAACGUGCAAGACCAUCAGCGAGGGCCAGAACUGCGUGGGCCAUGGCCGGCCAGACACCGGCUACCUCUACUGGCAGUGGCGUCCCUCUAACUGCACCCUCCCCAGGUUCGAUCCCGCCACAUUUCUCUCCCUCACCGCCAACCAGAAGCUCCUUUUCGUCGGCGACUCCAUGGCCAGGAACCAGCUCGAGUCCCUCCUCUGCCUCCUCUCCACCCUAUCCCAGCCCGUCCUCACCGCCUUCGACCACACCCGCAAGUUCAGGACCUGGGUCUUCCCCUCCCACAACCUCACAAUCUCGGUGCUCUGGUCUCCAUUUCUGGUCAAAGGCGUAGAGAAGGACAACGACUACAACUACAACAGGCUCUUCUUGGACGUCGUGGACGCCAGAUGGGCGGAGGAGUUGAAGACUGCAGACAUGGUUCUCUUCUCUAUGGGACACUGGUUUCUGCAUCCUGCCGUGUACUUUGAGGGGGAUGAAGCAGUGGGCUGCCAUUAUUGCCCUGGACUGAACCAUACUGAGAUCGGGUUCUUUGGGGUCUUGAGGAAGGUCUUGAGAACAAGCCUUGGUGCCAUUGUGGAGAAUGGAAGGGAGAUGAAGGUGGUAGUGACUACUUUUUCGCCUGCCCAUUUUGAUGGGGAGUGGGAUAAGGCAGGGGCAUGUGACAGGAAGGUGCCCUACAAGGAAGGGGAGAAGGAGUUGCAGUGGAUGGACAAGGAGAUGAGGAAGGUUGAGGUUGAAGAGGUUGAGAGUUUCAAGAGGAAAGGUGCAAAUUUUGAGGUAUUAGAUGUGACCAAUCUCGCCAUGAUGAGGCCUGAUGCACACCCUGGGCCUUACAUGCAUGCCUCCCCCUUCAAUGGCGGGUUCAAGGAUAGGGUGCAGAAUGACUGUGUGCAUUGGUGCCUGCCCGGCGCCAUUGACACUUGGAAUGAGAUUCUUUUGCAGAUGAUGAGGAGGUGGAGACAUGAAGAGAGAAGGAGGUGAUGAUUUGGGGUUUUGAGUUUUGGGGUUUGUGUUGAUUUUUGUUGUAUAAGACCCGGCAUUGAUUCUUUGCUAGCUCUGUUGUUAUUUUGCAUUUCAAUAGUGUGGUUUAGUGGUCAAUUGUCCUCACCAAUAACUUGAUUAUU